AUGGACACCAAUGAACUCGCCAUGGAGGACAUCCAGCGAGCCUCUGCCCUGACCGCCCACCAAGAUGCCCGCGCCCUCAUUCGUCUGAUCCAGUGCCCGCAGUGCUCAAAACCUUACACCAGCCCCGUCACCCUUCCUUGCGGCAACUCGCUAUGCCGCACCUGUCUACCACAGACCUACCGCCGCGAAGGUGUCUCAUACCCCGAUACCCCUGGGAGGCAACGCGGUUUCCUUUGUCCUUACAACGACUGUGUCGAAGAGCAUGUCCUGGCAGACUGCAGCAUCGAUGUCACCCUGUCGAAACUUAUGGAGGCUAUCGCCGAUCUCGUGCGCCAACACAUUCAGCUCGCUGGCGACAGACAAACAUACAUGGAAGAGGUGGUAAAACAGGACGAGGUACUUGGUCCCGUGACAUCAGUAGAUUUGGACAAGGACAGCCCUCGGUGCUGGACCAUGCCUGGAGCCCGUCUAGUUGCUACAUACAACCUUGCAGGGACCGGCAUUCUUGGAUACAAGACCGAGGUCGUGUAUACAGACCUGCCCGAAACACUCGAGGCUGCACAAAAAACAGACCAAGAACUCUUGGUACAACUGCUUGACACGGCGCAGAAGGAGGUUGAUUGCCAGGUCUGCUACAACAUAAUGUACGACCCCGUCACAACGGCUUGCGGACAUACCCUCUGUCGCAAGUGCCUGGCUCGUACACUCGAUCACUCGACUCACUGCCCUGUCUGUCGACGUUCUGUCAUCACCCCACCCUCGUUGCUCAAAUAUCCGAGCAACAAAACCUUGGUCAGUCUUCUCGAGGGACUUGUUCCGGAAAUUGUCUCUGCUCGUGCUCAAGCUGCCGCCUUGGAAGACGCUAUUGCUCUUCCUGAAUUUGAUACUCCUUUGUUUGUGUGCACGCUUGGUUUUCCAGGAUGCCCCACCUUUUUGCGCAUAUUCGAGCCGAGGUAUCGACUGAUGAUCAGACGUGCUAUGGAAGGAAACCGACAAUUUGGCAUGGUCACGUACAAUCGCCAUGGGGUACCACAAGAAGAGUUGGGCAUCACCCAGUUUCUUGCAUAUGGUGUCAUGCUCCACAUCGAGAACGUGCAGAUGCUUCCAGAUGGACAGAGUAUUGUCGAAACCAGAGGCAUGUACCGUUUCCGUGUGAAAGAACAUGGCACUUUGGAUGGUUACACGGUCGGUAGAGUUGAACGUGUCGAAGAUGUUUCUCUGCAGGAAGAAGAGCGUUUAGAGGCUGAGGAAACUUCGCAACCUCCUGCUGCCGAGAACGACAUCGAAGGCCAAGUCAGCAGAAUGUCGACUCGCGAACUUCUCAUGCUCGGACUUGACUUUAUCCUUGUCAUGCAAGGUCGAAGUGCACCUUGGCUACAUCAACGCAUUCUCGAAGCCUAUGGCGGCCCGCCGGACGACGCCGCUCUAUUCCCGUUUUGGUUUGCCAGCAUCCUACCUAUCAGCGAGGACUGGAAGUAUCAUCUGAUGCAGACCACAAGUGUACGAUCAAGACUCAAGAUUACGGCUCUUUGGGUCAAGCAUAUGCAGACCCAACGAUGGUACCAAAACAACGUGUGCACAGUCUUAUGA